UAUGGACACUCCGUUGGAGCCUCCCCCUCACAGGUGGCGCCACUCCGCCGCUCACCGUCCGUUACUACCCGGUAAUAAACAGCCGAGCCUCCGUGUAGCCGUUAGCUCCCGCGGCUAAUGUCAACACUGUGUCCGCUGUGAACCCGCGUACAUGGCGAGGCGAGCGGCCCCGGUGCCCCCGGUGCCCCCCUCCUCUCCCGCCGGUUAAGAUGCUCAUCACGCUGUGCUACGUCUACCUGUGGGUGCGCUUCCACAAGUGCUACUCUGCGCUGAUCCGCAGCAGCCUGCGCAGACUGCACAGCGGCAGCUUCGGCUUCAGCCUCCGCUCCUCCGGCUCCUCCGGCCCGGCCUCAGCUGCUGCUCCGGCCGGACACAGACACGCAGAGGACGGACACACACACGCAGAGGACCGGGUCUUCCUCCAGCUGGGGGACAAGACCGUCUACGUGACAGAGCCGCAGGCGUGUGACGACCUCAGCCAGUGGACUGUGCUUUUGGGCUCCUCUCUGCUGUGUCCUCCACCAAUAGAGAAUAUUUCAUUCAUCAUAGAAGCCACAGGACACAGGGCGGGACACUCUGCGCACACAUCGAAUAAGAAAGUGCUGAAGUGGUCUGACUACUGUCUGCCUCUGGCUCGUAGCCCCGGCCAGCCGUUCAGGGCCGUGGCUCAGGCGAGCGUCGAUAACUUCAGUCGUCUCGGGGUGGCUUUUAUCGAAGAUCGCCUUCACCUGGACAACGGACUUCUGCCUUCAAAGAUAGUCCCUGUCCUCCUCCAAGAAUCCACCCUCAGUGAGCUGUUGGAGAAGCAGUGUCCACAGACGUCAAAGCCCGACUCGUUGCUCUGGUUCUGCCGCAGAAACAAUGAAGAAGGCGUCGCUCGGCCUCUGACGUGUCGCCUGUCAGUCGAUCAUCAGCGCCUGCAGUGCCGUAAAGGCAGCCUGCUCCUCGCCCCGGAGCUCAAGAGGAGGCUCGAGGAGCGACGAGGGUCGGAGCCGCUCUGCAGCAAGCCGGAUCUGGGACCCACCGGUGACUCGUCGGACCACUCUUUGGGCAGUCAUCACCACAUGGAGGGCCAUGGACACCACCUCCACCUGUCCAGCUGCCACGAGUGCCUGGAGCUGGAGAACAGCACCAUCCUGUCUGUGAAAUACGCCUCCGCUGAGAACAUUCCAGAUCUUCCUGACGAUAACUCGGUCGGGCUGGACAGCGGGGACGAGACUCUGGAUGAGGUCGAACAUGAUGCCAGCGGGGUUUUGGGUCAAAGCGGCAGAUUCGAUAGCAAACCACCAAAUGUUCUGGUGUACACGGGCGGCUGUCAGGAGCGUUUUCAGGCCGUCCGGCAGCUUUUGUCCGAGUGUAUAAACAUGGAGAACAACAUCAUAUAUCCCCUCUUACCACAGCAGGCUCUGAGCGACCCCUGGCUGGAUAACACCAGGCUCCUGGUGCUGGCAGAGGAGGAAACCCUGAACCCUCAGCUCCAGACCCGCUUUCUCACCUACCUGAGUCAGGGCGGCAGAGUGCUGGGCCUGAGCUCCACCCUGUGUCCUGCAGGCCUCUGUCUGGAGGUCAGAGAGAGGCGACACCGGCAGGUCAGCCAGCUGAGCUUCACCCGGGAGGACAGCACCGAGCUGGAACUGAACCUGUUGGCGAGCGGGAAGGUUUACAUCAGGGACACUCAGGGUGGAGGGGAGGUGGAGCUGUGGGGCGAGCUGAAAGGAGACACGCCCCAUCAGAGAGACAUGGUCAUAGUCAGGGUGACCCACGAGGCGGACGGAGGGGAGGCCGUCCUCUGUCAGGUCCACCUGGAAAUCUCUCCUGACUCCACGAAUUUGACCACAGAAGCGUUCGAUCAGCUGAAAGUCAGCAACGCGCUGCGUUACGAAGUCCUGACGGAGAUCCUGACCUCUCUGGGCCUCAGCUGUGAGAUAAACCAGACUCCAGCACCGAGCCCAGUCCACCUGCUCGCCACCUCUCAGGAGGCCAAGGCCACAUUCCUGAAAUGGCUGCAGACACGUACGAAUCAGAACGGCCUCCUUACGUUGCCCAAAGCUUCCCUCAGGAUGGUGUCGCAUUCAGAGCUGCAUUCAGAGGACGAAUCUCUGCUGCCCGGCGGCUCUCUGGCUCUGGUCACUGAUUCUCCAGAGUGCCAGAGCUCGGAGAAGUUCAGCAUGGAAACGUACAGCAAGAACCUGAAGAGCAGCCUGCUGGGGAACACCGUGCUGUACGCCGAGGUCGCCACGUCUACCAUGGACCUGUUUGAAGGGUUGAAUCUGCACUUACCGAAGGACGUCGGCUUAAUAAUCGUAGCUGCUCGUCAGACUCAGGGCAGAGGUCGGGGCAGGAACGCCUGGCUCAGCCCUGUCGGCUGUGCCAUGUUCACUCUGGGGGUCCAGGUGGAGCUGGGCUCCAGGCUCGGGCAGAGGAUUCCCUUCCUGCAGCACCUGGCUGCUCUGGCAGUGGUGGAGGCUGUUCGCACACUUCCUGGAUACGAGGACAUCGACCUGAGGGUGAAGUGGCCCAAUGACAUCUACUACAGCAACCUCAUGAAGCUCGGAGGAGUGCUGGUGACUUCCACUGUGCUUGGAUCAACAUUUCAUCUGCUCAUAGGCUGUGGCUUCAGCGUGACCAACACAAACCCGACAGUGUGCAUCAACGAUCUGGUCCAUCGGCACAACGUGCAGAAUAACUGCAGCCUGCAGCCGCUCAGCUCCGCUCAGCUCAUCGCUCGGACUGUCAGCUGCCUCGAGGCGCUGAUCAGCAGCUUUCAGCAGGGAGGCCCGGACGCCGUCCUGCCCACCUACUACAAGAGAUGGCUCCACAGCGGGACUCGGGUGCGUCUCUGGAGCGAGGACGGACUCGAGGCUGACGUGGUUGGUCUGGACCAAAACGGCUUCCUCCAGGUGCACAGUAAGGAGCAGGGCGUGGUCUCUCUGGAGCCCGACGGGAACUCCUUCGACAUGAUGAAGAACCUCGUGGUCACCAAACAGCGUUAAGAAAUCGCCGCCGUCUCUUUCAGCGUGAGUUACUUCGUCUGACAGGAAACCUUAACGAUAUAAAUGUAGCAGGAUUUUCUAAUUAAUGCUAAAAUAAUCAUUCUAUGUGUCACAGUGGAAGUUUUGCUGAGCAGACACAUUUCUACUAGUUGGAGUGAUUAGUUGGAGUUCACAUAAAUCUGUUUGAUCACGAGCUGCUGGUUUGGGACCACAUAUUCAAACCAUUCUCUAAAACUCCUGCAGUUUUUGGGACCAAUGAAUCUGAUUAUCUGACUUGAUUUCCAUGAGAACUGUAAUCGUGUUGCUAAUUUCAGCAAAAUAAAGAUUUCCACAGAAAAAAA